CUAUCAAAUGCCGUGCGCAUCGAGCUUGGAGUCAAUUCGCCCGUCCGUUGGCAGCACGUUGCUGAGAACAAGGUGCUGGUGGACAGAGCCGCUGGGCUUCUAGCGCCAGUUAAUGGUUCCGAGCGGUACGUUACAGUCGGGUGUGGACACGCCACGGCUUUCUGCAAGUUGGCAGGGGUGCAGGGCAGGACGUCGAAGAAGUCAUUGCAGAUGGCUGAUUCAGAUACGAUUGACGUGCAGAAGUUGUCCCAGAAUGCGCAAUUCAAAGCCAUGAUCGAGAAAGGCUGGGCGUGGGAGGUGGCCCCAAGUAUCAUUGACGAGCUGUUCCCAGGUUUCGCUUCAGUGGCCCAGAAGGCUUUAAACACUCAGAACCACAUCGGCACGGAGGUCGGGGAGCUGGAGACCUGCAUGACGUUGGCGGCGAUUGCUAAUGACCCAGGGAUGCGCCAGGUUGCGGAUUGGAAAGCCACGGCUAUCGAGAACGUAGUUUCGCUCAACAUAUCGAGCGCAAAGUACAGCAAGACAUUGCUUGAGUUUGUUGAGAAUUUCGGCGGUGGCGAUGGCGCUCCUCUCGUGUCGUUCAUGGACUCGGUUGCAAAGCAAUUUGGUCGCUACGCUACGGUUGAGGACGGCGUGGCGCGCUUGCUCGUGAAGAAUGACGUCACGAAGGUUGCUAGCAAGCCUAAGAUGGCUGAAGCAAAUACUGCUGAAAGCAUUCUUGGCGAAGCCAUGAAUAUCGCCAGGGGGCUUGAUGGCAUCGAUGCGGCGUUGCAGCCAUUAGGGCAGCUAUUCGUGAGGAUUGCGUUGAAGCUCACAGGUAAGGAGAAGAUGGGUCGGGAGGGCAAGGAGCUUAAGUGGGGCGACCUAUGCAAUUCAUUUCUGGCCAGCCUCAGCGACCUCAAGGGUCAGACGGUAAAGUUCGACGAGUGGUCUAAGCAUGCGGUCUCGAGCGGCGCUGCAGCCGCUGCCAAAGCGAAGCCGGGUGCAUCCAGCACGGCGACGCUCAGCGACCAUAGGGGCCCGACAUGGAUUGCCAAGAAGGCUGGGUAUUCGGUCGGGCGCCUAGUAGUCCAGGAGGACGUUGCAGCCCAGAGGCUUUACACUAUCUUCAGCGUCGGCCAGACUGUCAAGCUUCGCGAAGCUGUUAACCACGACGCGAGCCGAGAGGCACACACGGCUGAGAUUACAUGUGAGGAUCUUCUUCAGAAGUGGUCAAUCUCUAAGGCUGCACUGUCAAAACAGAUGGAUGGUGAUCAGCAGCGCCCGCAGCAGCUGUACAUCGACAAGCAGAAGGCUGCGUUGUACUGA